CCUGAUUAGUGGGUUUUUUUGACUGACAGGCCUAGCUAGAGAGAAAAGGGGUAGGCCCACAGUGGCCGAGAUCCCAACAUAAAGAGGAAUUUACAAAUACUAUCUGUGAGGCUUGGGUUGUCAUGUAGGGGAGGAACGGAGCUGCAGAAAACACCCCCUGGCAUUGGGGCAUACAAUGGGCAGCCUCCCGCUUAAUUAACAACAAGGCAUGGGAGGAGAGGAGGCGGGUGGUUGGCCCAUAACAGGGGGACGGGGCCACCAGUAGAUGGACCCCGAGCAGGCCCCCCCUGUUGCAAUGGUGCAUUGGCUGGGAACUUUUCAUACAGCAGUAUGCAUCAUAGGACACUGGUUCUCCCGUAUGAGGGAAAGAACCCUUGGGUCCAUAAAGAAACCAGAGAAACAAGAGCAGAUGCUAGGCCUGGACCCAGAGUCACAGCAGCAAGUCUUGGAUCGGCUAUGUCAAAUAAUACAAAGCCUACAGGAUCAAGCCUCAAGACAACAGGCACUAUUAGCCAACAUGACCCAGGUAGGGAUGUGUGGCUAUAGAGCCAGAGUUGACUCUGAGGUGGGAGACGAGCCACCCGCAUUGAUGGUGGAAGUGAUAAUGCAUGGAAAAAAGUUAUGGGCUAUGCUGGACUCAGGCUUAUUGCAGACCAUGGUGUGGAGCGACGUGAUACUGGUAAGAGAGAGGGAAGUAGGAGACUGCAUAAUUGUGCAAUGCUGGUGUGGGGAUUCAAUCGAGGUCAACAGAGUGGGGGUCAUCCUACAAGUAGGCGAUAGGACCCACCGGAUACUAGUUGGGGUCGCUGAGCGCUUACCCUACCCAGUAGUACUGGGCUGAGACUGACCAGAGUUGUUGAGAGAGAUAGCCAGUGUGAGGCAAAAGGAGGGGACUGAGAUGAGAGAAAGUUGCUGUUGGAGGCCAUGGGAGACUAGAAAGCCCAAGGCUGGAUGGGAAGAUGGUCUGAGGGCUGAGGGAUUCGUGGGUGAAACCAAACAAUCUCCUCCUGAAGAAGAGACCGAACAAGAGGUGGAUGUUGCGCAUUUGUGGGAGGACGAACAUUUCCAGUUGGAGCAGAGUUGUGAGGCAGAUUUUCAGUAUGCUUUGCAGGAACACCUGGGUCAGUGAAACGGCAAGGUAUUAUGCCCAGAGCUGAUGAAGACAACACUGAAGUUCGAGAUCUGCUUGCAGCUGUUCCCUGCCCUCCGGCGUGUCUACAUCUCCCCAUAGCUUUGUGUCAUCUGCAAACUUGGACAGAGACCUGACAAAAGGUUACUGGCAGGUCCCAGUAGCACCCAAAGAUCAAGAAAAGACUGCAUUUGCUACCCCUUGGGGUCUCUUCCAGUCCUGGCACAUGCCGUUUGCAUUACAUGGAGCCGCAGCUACAUUUCAGCAUCUGUGGACCGAGUUUUGUCUCCCCAUGGGGGUUAUGCUGCGGCUUACAUAGACAAUAUUAUUACACACACUGAAGACUGGGCUGAACACCUCACCGCGCUGAGAGCAGUAAUGCAAGACUUGAGAAGGGCCGGGCUGACAGCCAAUCCAAAGAAAUGUACGAUAGGGAAAGAAGAAACACAAUACCGUGGGUUCCUAGUAGGAAGUGGGAAGGGCAGCAGUUCACGCUGAUCACCGAUCAUGCACCUCUACGCUGGCUACAGAGCAUGAAGACAGACAAUGCUAGACUGAUAAGAUGGGCCCUUAGUCUGCAACCAUAUUGUUUCGAGGUAGAGCAUUGCCCGGGAACGCAGAAUCAGGUACUAAAGUGAUGCACAAAACUAAGCCAUAGUUGUUGUCACUAAUCUUCAAAGCAAGGGAGAGAUUCACUAGAGGAUUUCUGCUUCUAAAAAUUGCUUCACUGGGUAGCAAGCUUGGUUUUGUGAGAGCUGCACACCUACCACAGGAUCAAUCUGCAAACCCCUUUCUCCCAUGGUACACGUAUCUUGUUCUGGACUGAAAUCACUGCAGAAGAUGAAGAGUGCCCUUAUAUUUUUUUGCAUUCUGUCAGUAGCUUGGUCUACUCCUAUACAUCAAAGUGAAAAGGGAAAUGACAGCUUCCAUAGAGAAUACAAGACUCAGAUCAGCCUCCAGGAUGGAGAUACUGCUGACAACAAUGUGCAUUUAUUUUCUCCAGAAAAGACAGAAGUGGUACAACAGGAUGUGUCUAAAACAGAUUACAGCAAUGAAGAUGAUGGUGAUAAAAGUAAUGAAAGUAAAGAGGGACAACUAGGAAAUAUAAAUGGCACUACCAGCAAUGGAGAAGUUGCCAGAAAUGGAGAUAGUGGAGGAAUAGACUCUAGUUGUUCUUCAGAAGAAGUCUAUGGAGAAGGUGGCACUGCUAAUACUGAUGGGAAUGGAGAUACAGGACAUAAGGACAACUUUGGUAACACAGGGACUGUUGGAAAUGGCAAUGACACCACUGCUGAUGGCAAUGAUGAAGAGGAGGAGGAAGACACCAGUGGCCAAAAGGAAGAUGAAAAUGAGAAUGAUGGCAAAGAACCUGCUGUUGGAAAAGGAGAAGGGAAUGUUAAUUAUCAAAACAAAGAUGGGCUCACUUAUGUUUUCCCAACUCAUGGAAAUGAGACUGAUGGAGAGAAAGACAUCACUGGCAAUGAGGCUGCGGAAAGCUGUGGUGCUAUCAAUGGAAGUCAAGGUGAUCAAAAUGUAGGGAAAGGUGAAGGUGGACAUGGGGGUACUGACACUGAAGGGUCCAGCAGUAGCAGAGGAGUUGGAAGUGAUGGCACUGGUAAUGGAGGAAAUGAAAACUGGGCUGAUAGUGAAUGCAUCAGCGGUAAUGGAAUAGAUACAAGUGAAGAAGGCUCGGGUGAUGAAACAUUAUAUAACUUCCCAGGCUCUAAGAAUACUGAGGGAAGUAAGAAUGGCAAGAAAAGUAAUGGGAAUGAAGGUAAGAGUGGUGACACUGCAGUCAUACCAGACACCAGUACCCCAGGUGGAGGUGACAGCACUCAUAAGGAAGAUUCUGUCAGCAGCAGUACAGAAGAAAAUGCAGAGUGUGACAUAGACUCUGAUAGCAAAAGUGCCGAGGAUGACGAUGGGGCUGCAGACAAAAAAAGCCAAGAGGUCAAAAAUGACAAAGAUGAGGAAAAUGAAAACAGCAGCCGUGCAGGUUCGAAUGUUGAUGAGAAGGAAGAUGCUAAGGGGCUAACUAAUGGAAGCAGCAAUGACACCAACAGGACUAAAAUUGCUGUGCUAGGCAGUGACUUGUGGAGUAAAGACAGUGACACUCUUAGUGGAAUUGGCAACAAUAAAGGUGUGACUGGCAAUCCAAAAGAAAAUUCCCAGCAGAUCAAGCCUGCAUGUACUGAUGGGAAGCUUGGCAAAUGCAGCAGUAAAAGUGACAGUGACAAAGCUGAUGGUACAUAUGAUUUUGACAAUGAACUCAUGCAAGGAGAUGACCCCAACAGCAGCAAUGAAUCUGUUGGCUUUGACAGUGGUGACAAAGGUGAGGACAAUGACUCAGAUUCUCAGAGUGGGAAUAGGGACAAUAGUCAGGAAGAUGAUACUAAUGAUUCCCAAGGCUCGGACAGCAGGGAUCAUGAAAGCUCAGCAGGAGACAAAGAGGAAGCAAACAGUGACAGUGACAGCAAAUCAGAUAGUGAAAGCAAAUCAGGUAGCAGUGAAAGCGACAGCAAAUCAGACAGCAGCAGCAGCAGCAAUGAAAGCGACAGCAAAUCAGACAGCAGCAGCAGCAGCAGUGAAAACGACAGCAAAUCAGACAGCAGCAGCAGCAGUGAAAGCGACAGCAAAUUGGGCAGCAGCAGCAGUGAAAGCGACAGCAAAUCGGAAAGCAGCAGCAACGAAAGCAACAGCAAAUCGGACAGCAGCAGUAGCAGCAGCAGCAGUGAAAGUGACAGCAAAUCGGACAGCAGCAGUAGCAGCAGUGAAAGCGGGAGCAAAUCAGACAGCAGCAGCAGUGAGAGUGACAGCAAAUCUGCCAGCAGCAGCAGUGAGAGUGACAGCGAAUCAGCCAGCAACAGCAGCAGCAGCAGUGAAAGUGAUAGCAAAUCAGACAGCAAUGACAGUGGUAAUAGUGAUCAGUCAGAGACCAAGAACAGUGAAGGUGGUAAUGACAGCAACAGUGAAUCAAAUGGUAGUAAUAAUGAUAGUGAUACAGGUAGUGACAGUGAAAGUGUUGAAAGCCACAGUGACAGCAAUGAUGAUUUAGACAACACACUGAGUGCAAGUGAGAGUGAAUCUGAGGAAGAUGUUAGUGAUAGCAUCGUAAGACCAAAAGAAGGUCAGAGUGAAAGUGAUUCACAAAGUGAAGGCAGUAAUAGCAAUGAUUCAACUAGUGAUGAUUAAAGUAAGUGCCAACAAAUCGUAAAGUCAGUGACAGCAAUCUCCAGCAAAUGAGGUUUGUGAGGGUCACAGGAAAUGAUUGAAAGAUUAAUAUUAUCCCAAUAUUAUUUGAAACAUCAUGGUAGCAAUUAAGCUAAACUGGGGCAAGGCUAGAGGAAAAAAUGCAUUACCUAAAUGCCAUGUCAUUCUAUUACCUAGAUGAAAAUAUCAUACAAAUUACUGUAUGUGUUAAAGUAACACUUUUGGGUGCUUUAGUCUGAAUAAAUUGUACAGCCUAUUCAAAUGAAAACAAUAUCAGCGUUUGAAUCUCUGGGAUAGUCAUUUAUUCAAAGUACUAGUUGUAAUUAUUGAAAGCCAACUUGUGGAUGCCUUCUCUCAUGGUGAAUGGUACCUGAGAUGAUGAGUAGUCUCUGUAAAAUGGGUAGGCUCGCUCCUUGACUAAGGUGCUGUUCAGCAUAUGUGCAGGUGCAGGGGCAGGAUGUGGCACUAAGUUAUUCUAGGACAAACUGCACAUUUCAGGUAACUUAUUGUUAUUUAACAUUAAUACUGAAAAUAUGCAGAUGAUUCAUACAAAGAUGUCCUCUGUAAUAUACCCAUAUGCUGCCGGUAAACACACAUUCUUUGUUAAAUGACAAUUAGAUGCAAGAUUCUUUCUUUUAAGCUAAUCACUUCAGAACUGUAUUUUUAGAAGGUGAAAUAUGAAUAUUGUAAUCUGUAAAAUAAAGAUUUUUUAAUGUA